CCUUGUGGGACUACAGCGUCAAAUUUUGACGCGGAGCUCAUAUCUAUGCACAUGGCCCUGGAGAGAGUCCAUAUCACUUUGGAAGGGACGGAACAUGCGGGGCUUGAUAUUGUUGUGUUCUCAGACUCAAGAUCCGCUCUUGAGAUCUUGCAGAAGAGACAGGGUACCACACGCCUGGUCGACAUCAUUCACAACGACAUAUGCAGACUUGGUGAACUAGGGUGCAAGUUCGAAAUACAAUGGAUACCAGGACACGUCAAAAUCAGUGGCAAUGAGAUAGCUGACACUCUGGCGAAAACCGGGGCUGCCCAGCCUCAGCCAGAAGUACCAAUGACUUUCUUGGGAGUCAAAAACUGGCUGGCGGACCACUUCAGACAGAAGUGGUACAGGCAAUGGGCUGACAACACGACCGCCAGAGGCGUCUAUUAA